AUGGACGGUAUCAGUCCCCUUAUUACCUGUCCCACCAGAUCAACAGCAAGCGACGAUCUUGCUGCAAAGCGGUUAUUCAACAAAACUCAACGUACUGAAGAACAUAGAAACGGUACUCCCCUGAUGUCUAACGCAAAGAGCCAAGUGGAUGAUAGUGUCUUUGAAGUCCCUACUUCCAACUCUCCGUACAGCGAUGUCGCCAAAUAUACACAUUCACACACUCUCUCUCUAUUACAGAAGAGACGUCAUACCUCUCGGAACUCUUCCGGCGCAGCCUCACCAAUCCCACAUCCCAGAUCGAAUUUCCGCCUUAAUUCAGUUCUCAGUGAUGACCGCGACCGGAGCACAUCGGUUCAGCGACAGUCUGCUUUGAUAAUGGCCGCCGCAAAGAACUUAGCAUUUGUAUUUGAUAUUGACGGUGUGCUUGUCAAUGGUGAUCAUGCCAUCGCUAAGGCCCACCACGCUCUCCACAUCCUCAAUGGUGACAAUAGUCUUGGAAUCAGAAUUCCAUACAUUUUGCUUACAAAUGGUGGCGGCAUGGUCGAGAAAGACCGCUGCACUCAGUUGAACGAGAUCCUUCACCUUGGCAUGCCCAUCUCCCCCGGCCAACUCAUCCAAUCCCACACUCCAAUGCAAGCACUGAAAGAAUACUACUCCACCGUUCUCAUCAUUGGUGGCGAAGGUGAAAGGUGUAAAAAGAUAGCCCAGCAUUACGGCUUCACCGACAUUGUUGUUCCGCACGAUAUUCUCGCCUGGGAUCCGACCAUUUCGCCUUUCAAGAAACUCACACCUGCUGAGCUUGCUGCAGCAAAUCCACGAGACUUUUCGAGAAUCAACAUCAACGCCAUACUUGUGCUAAGCAGCUCGCGGGAUUACGCCACAGAUCUGCAACUGAUUGUGGACUUACUGUGCUCUUCACAUGGACGCCUGGGCACUGUUUCUUCUGACCCCGUCACGGAGAGAAUACCAAUCUACUUCUCCCAUGGGGAUUUGAUCUUUCCAAAUGGACAUCUCCAACCACGUAUGUCUCAGGGCGCAUUUCGCAUUGGCCUCGAAGGGAUGUACAAGGCUCUCACGGGCGUAGAGCUUGAGCGUAUCAUCUAUGGCAAGCCUGAGCGGGCUGCUUAUGUUUAUGCAGAAGAAGUGCUAGCAAGAUGGAUGGAAAGCCUGUAUGGCGAGGGUUCCAAGCUGCCUGAGAAUGUGUACAUGGUUGGCGACAACCCCGCAUCGGACAUCUGUGGUGGAAAUAUGCAUGGAUGGAACACUUGUUUGGUGAGGACAGGAGUCUUUCGAGGUGAGAAGGGAAAGAAUGAUGAAGAUCACCCGGCGAGCUUUGGGGUUUUUGAUGAUGUGCUGGAAGCAGUAAUAGCAGUGAUUAGGAAGGAAUUAGGGAAUGAUCUCAAGUUCGAAUGGAAUCCUCGGGCACAAAACCACAUUUUCGAGCAAGACAAGGACCAUAUCAGACAAUGA